GGCGUGGGGCUCCUUAGAUGCGCCACGGCUUCGGUAGCGACGGUAGCUUCAGGCGGGUGUGAGCGUCGUCAGCCCCUCCCCCAGGAGACUGUUGCAGUUGGCCACCCCCUGCUCCUCGGUAACCAUGUGUGACCGAAAGGCCGUGAUCAAAAAUGCCGACAUGUCGGAGGAGAUGCAACAGGACUCGGUGGAGUGUGCGACUCAGGCGUUGGAGAAAUACAACAUAGAGAAGGACAUUGCGGCCCAUAUUAAGAAGGAGUUUGACAAGAAGUACAACCCCACCUGGCACUGCAUCGUGGGGAGGAACUUCGGUAGUUACGUGACACAUGAAACCAAACACUUCAUCUACUUCUACCUGGGCCAAGUGGCCAUUCUUCUGUUCAAAUCUGGUUAAUCGCAUGGACUGUGUCACACACCCAGUGAUCCAUCCAAAAACAGGGACUGCAGCCUAAAUUCCAAAUACCAGAGACUGAAAUCUUCAGCCUUGCCUAGGGGAACACCUUGAUCUUUGAACCUUUUAUUGUGUUGUUUUGUACAGGGCAUUCUCUGUACGAAUUUGUUGUGGUUAUAAAACAAUUAGCAAAACAGCUUACAUUUGUAUUUAUUUUCUAUUCCAUACCUCUUAUCCCAUGUUUUUCCUCCUCAAAAUCCAUUCCUUUCAAAAAAUAAAUCUGUUGGAGAAGUA